GAGCGGGCGGGUGCACGCGCAGCUGGAGGACGACCGCGGCGGCAGCUCGAGUGGAAAUCAGAAUAAUCUUCAUCCUCAUCUUCCUCAUCCACGCACGCACGCACGCACGCACGCACGACGUCCGUGAAUAUUUGUUCAGAACAAGACGAUGGCGGACAGCAAAGUGGGGAACAGCGCCGAGCUGAGCGCCAAGGAGUUGAAGGAGAAGAAAACGGCGGAGGAGAAGAACGGCGACGACACCACCGCCAAUGGAAAAACUGACGAGGAGAACGGAGAGCAGGACAACGAGGCGGACGAAGACGACGACGUGGGAGACGAGGAAGACGAGGAUGGGGAGGGUGAGGAAGAGGAGGACGAAGACGACGACCUGGUCACACCCACGGGCAAGAGAACAGCUGAGGAUGACGAUGAGGACGAUGAAGAUGACGAGGACCAAGUGGACCGGAAGAAGCAGAAGACGGACAAGUAGACCACGGCGACCAGCGGCACGUCCGAAAACCUCAGUCCUCCCUUCCUGACGUCCGAAAGAGAAUUUGUUUGUAUUUUUAUUUACAUUUUAUAUUUUUGUAUAUAUUGUACGGAGGUCGGCCAUCUCGACGAGCAUCAACUCGGGUGUGCGAAGACAUUUGAAACACCCGCCAAGUGUCAGCGUCGCACGCGCCCGCGCAGGGACAACGGUGCGUUUAGAUACACCGGGGCGUUGCGGCACUUUGCCGCGUGUCUUCUUCGUGCUAGUUUGUCGUAGACGAGCAGGAUGUAGCGUGAUGUCCUAGUCACAAUGUUUUCAUGUCCGUGUUACGUUGUCGGAAAAUAAAGUCAUUGGAUUUUGCCCA